GGGUUCGCGCACAGGCGCUGGGCUGCCCUUCGAACACAGGCUGGGCUCUUAUCAGCUGCCUGCAUCAUGGCUGGGGAAAUCGUUUACGCUGACCUGAAUAUGCCUUCUGAGCCCCCCUGCCCAAAGCCGCCCAGCUCACGUCGGAAACUCAGUCCCCAGGUGAGUCCACGUUGGCAUCGAGUCGCACUCUGCGCUGGAUGGAUCGGUAACAUCAUCCUGGGAACGGCUGUGAUAGCGAUGGUGCUUUGGGGUCAAGGCAACUGUGGUCAUGCUGGGACCCCAGAAGCUGGGAGUGGAAACACGUCACCCACCACGGGCAGCGCGUGUCAGGAGCAGAUCCGAUCUGACUUGAUCCAGAGCCUGUGCCCCCCACCCCAGCACAGCUCGGCAGAGGGCCCUGGCUGCAGACUCUGCCCCGUGGACUGGCGGCUGCCUGGGGACAAGUGCUACUGGGUCUCCACAAAACCAAAGUCCUGGAAUGAGAGCCGAGAGGAGUGUGCAGCCAGGAGCUCCCAGCUGCUGCUGAUCCAGGACCGGGAGGAUCUGGACUUCAUGAAGAACCUGACAGUAGCGAACAAACACUUCUGGAUCGGCCUGUUCGUGCCCUCCCCAGAGAAAGGCUGGACCUGGCUGAAUGGCUCCCAGCUCAAUCCAGCUGUGCUGCCAGUGCCCGGCCUGCCUGAGGGGAAGGUCUGUGGGGCAGUGAGUGGGAAUCAGAUUCAGUCUGAAUCCUGCAGCACAGGAUUUCUGUGGAUUUGCCAGAAAGACGCUGUCCUGAUCCAGCUGCGGCUCUGAUGGUGCCUCCCAGGGCUUCCCUGCCUUCAUCAUUUCACACCUGGGAAAACUGAGACCCAAGGACAAAUGGACCUGAUUGAGAUCGUGCAGCAGUAGGUGACAAAGGGACAAUAGAUCCCAGGUGUCCUGACUUUCAGCCUGACUGUGCUCCAAGUUGCUGGACCCCACUCAUCCCAGAGCCAGCAUAUGACCCAGGCAUCCUGAGUCCCAGCAGCCUCCACCUCCAAAGCACCAGAUCCAGUUGUCCAACAAGAGCUGGGACAGGACCCAGGUGCCUUGAUUUCCAGUUCCCUUUGCUCCAACCCACCAGAUCCCACGCCUCUUCCCGAGUGAGGAACAGAACCCAGGAGCUCCGGUUCUCACUCCCACCUUGGCAUGGCCCACAGACCCAGUGCCCCCCUGACUCCAGUCCUCUGGGCCCAGGGAGCCAGCAUGUCCCAAUUCCCACUGGAAGGAUGUUCCUGGUUCUCUCCUUUCACCUGUUUCAGCAGUGGUGGGGCCAUGGAGUCCAAUGCUGGGCAGGGCCAUGUCUCAG